AAGACACGCGUGGAGCCAAAGAGGAGAGUCACGACAGUUGACCCGUGUGGGACAAGUCAUGGUCUCUAGUUUCUCUUCCUUUCUCACUGAUCUGAGGGCACCGGUCUUUUUGCUCUUUGUGUUUCGGAUGACAGGAGUCUAGUAGUCGUGGAUCAGGAGACGCGCGCUCUUGAGGGACCCUCUGUGCCAGGCGCAGAGGAGCUCUCCAAGAAAUGGCUUUCACUAUCUUUCGGGGGCCACGUGUUUCUGUUUUGUGGCUCCUGCGCUUUUGGCUGCUCUUGACCGCAAGAGCCCUGGAGAUAGUCGACAUAACCGCGCCUGAACUCAGCUGUAGCGAGGGUCUGACUGACUGCCAGGUGAGCUCAGCCUCCCAGUACAGUGCUGUGCUGCCCGAUACAGAUGAUACAGUGAGUGUAACACAUGUGAAGCUUAAAGCGAGUCUGUGCUGUCCAGCCAAACAAGACUGUGAACCGUGUCUGCAAAUUAUCAUCGCAGUUCAAGUCAGGAAUGCAGAGCAGGUUUCUGAGCAAUCUGGUGAACGUAACGAUGAAGAGGAAUUCAUUGGCAUGACUCAAAUGCUAGAAGGAAGUGGUCAGAUGAUGAUUCCCGAGCCAAGAGCUUCGUUGAAAGUGUGUUGCAGCUCUCCGUACUCCAAUGUUUGUAAGACACUCCAGUUUAAAACAAGAGCCUCCGGUUUACAGACGUCUCAACUGCCCACACACGAGCUGCUGUUGACAGAGAAAGUUACGUUGGGCAUUCCUGUUGUUGUCCAUGUCGACGCUCAGUCAAAUGAAGCUCACCACAUUCAAAACAUCACAGUCCCGUCCUUGGAAGAUGUUUGCUCCAUGAAACUAGAACGGACUGUGAAGGAAUGUGAUGCCCCAAGAAUCAGAGCUGUGACUGAUCACAAGAGAAAUGUGGUCCGCCUCAAGCUAAUGAACACAGAUGUUAAGAGACAAGAUGAAAUCAUGUGUCAGAUGAUUUGGAAUGGAAUGCCUGGAGAAGUCCUUCCUUGGCUGAAAGGAAAGAGAGAAAUUGUAAUUUCCUCAAACGCUGUUGCACCAUGCCUGUGCUUCGAGGUGUGGUGGAAGGGAAAGUUAUUUCGAAGAAAAUCCUGCCCGUUCAAAGACCAGCAAGGUAAAAAUGUGCUGGAAAGAAUGCAGCACAACGUGUCUGUGUCUAUGGCAGAGUGUCAGAUAAGAGAGGGUGGCACAGAGCUGUGCUGGAAUGUGACUGCCCCCUGCAGACUGCAGGCAGAGGUGUGGCUGUGCAAGAAUGAUCUGGCAGGAGGCCAGUGUGAAGAGGUGACGGGCUCCAGACAGUGGGUGCACGACCACUCCGGCUGGAGUGCAACACGCGCUGGACACUGGAAAGCAGGAGCGUUCAAUGUGUCGUCUCAUCCUCUGCUUUGCGUUCAGAUGAAGAUACAUGGGAUGGAGUCAUACUUAGAGCCACAGUGUCCAUUUGCAACAUCUCGAUGGAGAUGGAGUCUGCCACUUGUCAUUGGAUUACUACUUAUGUGUGUGGCAAUACUUGGAGCCUACCUCAUCCAGGGUGUCUUAAAAGGCUACAUGUGGAGAUGGUUGAAAGAAGAGGAUGUUAAAGGUGCAGUGGGUGGCGGUCAUGUGGUGUUGCUGUACCCACCUGGCGAUGACCAGGCUUUGCCAGAGUUAAUGAGUCACCUGGGCACGUCCCUUCAAGCUCUGGGCUUCACUGUGUCUCUAGACCUGUGGAGCCAGACCGAGCUCUGCCUUCUGGGUCCUGUCCCUUGGUUCCACUCAAGACUGAACCGACUGCAAAAACAGGGGGGCAAAGUGGUGCUAGUCCUAACCCAGGCUGCCUGGAUAAGGGCCGAAGAAUGGGGAGCUGGGAGCUGGGAGAAAAACACUACAAAGGAGAAGAACAGAGAGGGAGAGGAGGCAGGCAAAAGCUACGGUGCCUCUUCUCCCUGUGUAGAUGUUUUCACUGCUUCAUUAAGCUGUAUUCUAGCAGACUACUUACAGGGCCGCGCUGGUGAGCGGUUUAUGUUGGUGCAGUUUGAAUCGCUUCCACCAGAGCCUCCAGGUGGCUUCCGGCCGCUGCCAGAACUUUUUCGUGGCCUUCAUUUGUACAGCCUCCCCUCCCAGAGCCUGGGUUUUCUGACUGAACUGGCCGGGGCUCGGCAAAUGGCUACUGCAUCGGCCAGACGAAAAAGAGCAGGGGGGCUCAGGAUGGCUUCCCGAGCUUUAGCACGAGGGCUGUCAGGGUUCACAGCAGGGACUUCUGUAUUACGCCUUGCAGGAGUGCCCCAGAGUUGCGUUGGGGUUGAAGCUGAAGACUCUGGGGAAACCAUGCCCUUGCAACCAUGUCUUGUUACUCCUCCCUCCAGCCCUGACACAAGCCCCAAGGCCAGUGAAAUGGACUGGGUCUGAUGGCAGGAGAGGAGCGCACAUCACCAAGCUUCAUAUUUGAUAUGAGUUGACUCUGGAGAUAAAUCAAAACAUUUGCUGGUCUAAACAUCUUUAUGUUUCUAGCAACCUUUUUGAAUAAAAGCCGGGGUGUUAUAGCUUGAGCUCUUUCUGCUCUAGAUACAUAAAAGUGCACAACAUUAAAAC